AUGGCUUUUUCAAGAGUGGCAGCUUUGCGAUCCGCCGUCCGAGGUAUUCGACCUUCAAUUGCUCGGCCUCAAUGCUUUCGUCAGGUCGUUCGACGUGGCUAUGCUAGUGGUCAUGGCUCUACUACACAAGCAGGUGGUGACACUCUUUGGGCCGUUGGAGCUAUUGCAGUAACAAUUCCAUCUUGCUGGUACCUCUUGUCGAACUCCCCAGACACCGAACACGGCCAUGGAGACCACGGUGAUAGCCAUGGCAAAGAACAUGAAGAGCACGAGGAGGAAUCCGAGGAGGAAUCCAAGGAUGAGCCCGAAGAAGAGUCUAAGGAUGAAGGCGAGGACAAGAAGGCUUCCACCGAAUCAGAAGACAAGGACAGUGACAAGUCUGAAGACUCUGAUAGCGGAGACGACGAGAAGAAGGCUGCCGAUACCCCCGAUACUUCAGAUGAUGAAGGUGACGAGAAGAACACCAAGAAGUCCAUUCCUGAUGCGAAGGGCGGUUCUAAGAAGAGACUGGAAAGCAACAACGCCGUCAAGCAAGGCGAGGGUGACCGCUCUGACAAGGUAAAUUGGGAGAAAGCUGCGCCAUCGAAAGAGAGUAAAGGCCAAAAUUCUCAGGAUGGCAAGCAAGAAGGACUUAGCAAUACUGAUACCAAGCACUCAACUGACAUCACAAACGACCCCAGCAAGAGCAAGAAGAGUGAAGGCGGUCCAGAUACCGCUAAGGUCAAGGGCACUGUCGACCCCAAGAGGCCACAGGUAUAA